AUGCAUUGUCUUUGUGGAAUUCAAAUCGGCUACUCGUUGCUUUUUUCUGUCGCUUGUUCGUAUCUAUCUAUCUAUGAUAUUCUGUUCGUAUCUAUCUAUCUAUCUAUGAUAUUCUGUUCGUAUCUAUCUAUCUAUCUAUCAUAUUCUGUUCGUAUCUAUCUAUCUAUCUAUCUAUCUAUCUGUUGUGGAGCCUUCCACCCACGGACGAAACCUUGCCCCUUCGGCAAAGCCUCGUCCGGGGCAAAAGGCCGGUUUUCAGUAUGCGUAGUCAGAGACCCGGCAAAAAAUAUAGCCAACUUCGGCAAAGCCCUCCGUUCGACCACCGAUUUGACACUGCUACUCCUACUUCUUAUCUAUGGGAGAAUCCAUUACCAAAGAAUAGGUACUAUGGUCACACGAACUCUAUCUAGACGGGUUCUAUCUAUCUAUCAUAUUCCGUAUCUAUCUAUCGUCCGGGUUAUCUAUCUAUCUAUCAUAUCCUGUUCGAUGAAUUAUCUAUCUAUCUCUCUAUGGCCCUUCGGCAAAGAUAACGAGGCCCAACACCGUUCAGUAUUUAUCAUUGGCACAAGGCCGGUUUUAAUGUGGUAUCCAUCUUAA